AGUCAAAAGACAAUCUCUGUAUGAGAUAUUAGUUGUUCAGAGACCUUAUCACAUCAUAGAGGUAUACAUACAAGCUGCAUGAGAAAGUUUAAAUUGACUCCUUACAGUGAGCAAAUAGUGUUAAAAUGUCUGUUAAAGAGGAGAAGACGUUUGAUCUUGAUCUAUUGAUACAGCAGAUCGGACCGUUUGGAAAGUUUCAGCUCAUAAACUACCUUCUGAUAUGCAUUCCAAUUGCUUACACAGCCAUGUACACUCUCACCUUCGUCUUCACAGCUGGAGAUCUCGAAUAUCGAUGCCGAAUACCGGGAUGUGAUUUUGAUAAUUCCAGUCUUCAAGCAAAUUUCCUCAAUUUUACAAUCCCUAAAGACGGAGAUACGUUUUCCAUGUGUCAGAAAUUCCAUCAUGUUCCCAAUGCUACGAUAGAGGAUCAGUGUCAAGCAGAUCUCUUUGAUAGGAAUAAAUUUGAGGACUGUUCAGAAUUUGUGUAUCAAGAUGACGAGACCACGAUCCUUAGUGAAUGGGAUCUGGGAUGCAAUGAAGAGUGGAAACUGUCCCUGGUUGGAACUAUCAACAAUAUUGGACAGUUAGUAUGCCUACCACUGACUGGGUAUUUUUCAGAUCGAUUUGGGAGGCGAACAGCUUUUGUUGCAAGUUGUGUUUUUGCCGCAUUAUUUGGAGUUAUACGAUCUUUUUCAACUAGUUACCUAAUGUUCAUUAUCUUUGAGUUUCUGGAACCAGCAUUAGGUUCAGGAGUUUUCAAUGCUGGUUUUAUUCUUGGUAUGGAACUUGUGGGUCCUGAAAGAAGAGUUCUAGGUGCCUUCUUUAUAAAUUGCUCUUUUGCAUUGGGUGAAGCUCUACUAGGACUUUUGGCAAUGCUUACAAGAGAUUGGAGACUCCUGCUAAUUGUUAGCUAUGCUCCUACAUUUGUAUUCGUUACCUACCAUUGGCUAGUUCCCGAAAGUGCCAGAUGGCUCCUAAAUAUGAACCGCACCAGGGAUGCAGCUAAGAUCAUAGACUCAGCUGCGAAGAUGAAUAAGAGUCGCCUAACUUCAGAGGCCAGGAAUAUGCUAGACAAUGCUUUAAACGCCGAACCUAUGGUUGAAGAAAAGAAUGAUAAAAUCAGAGAAAAGGAGCCUAAAAAUGAAUACAACUUGUUAUCAGUAUUCAAAUCUAGAACCCUGCUUUUAAGGAUUCUCAACUGUUCGUUCUGUUGGACAUCUGUAUGUUUUGUCUACUACGGAUUGAGCAUGAACUCAGUAUUCGUUGCUGGAGACAAAUAUAUUAAUUUUAUUCUCAACUGCUUCAUUGAGAUUCCAGGGGCAGGUCUCUGUUGUUUCCUUAUGGAGAGGAUCGGAAGACGCAAAGUGCUUUGUCUUAGUUUGGUUCUCAGUGGAUCUAGCUGCAUAGCCUACAUUUUCAUGUCAGAUGCUCCUGAAGGGGCUCAACUAGCAGUAUUUCUCAUUAGCAAAUCAGCUGCAACAAUGUCUUAUAUUACAAUCUACGUAUAUACAACUGAACUAUUUCCAACAGAACUAAGGCAUACGCUUCUGUCGGCUUGUGUAAUUUUCGGACGAAUAGGAUCCAUAGUUGCACCAUUCACAGUACUACUGGGAAAGUACUUUGAAUCUCUGGAAAUGAUCUUAUUUGCCGCUGUAUCCAUUCCUGCAGGUGCCUUGAUACUCUUGGCUCCUGAAACACUCAAGACAACUCUUCCAGACACUGUCCAAGAGGCUGAAGAUAUUGGAAAACCGUAGCAGAUUUCUUUCUUUUUCACUAAGCAAUAAGACUGUUGAAAUAUUUUUCUCAAGCCUUGUUUUAAGAAAUACACAAUUACACAUUUUCAGAAA